UUUGAGAAUAGUUUGCACAUCCAUGAUAAAAUUCAGCAAUAAAAAUCAUUUUACAAUAAUAAUUCACGUGUCAUUGAAAGCAGUGUGUAUCAUACACCCGCACACACACGUAUAUAUAUGGGCUCAGCGUGAGUGUACGAGCGUGUUAGAUAUCAAGCUGGUGGAAACGUAAAUAUUAAUACGUUCGCCAUGCGCCUCUUUCGACGUGAUAAAUCUCUUCUAAUGGCUAUAUUAGCCGCAUAAAUCAACAGAAUCAGUUCCAGUUUUCCAGUAGUGGCUGCGGGAAACGAUGGCGAGAAUUGUGUCCUUCAGGGUUGGAUCUAAAUUUUUAAUGGCGCCCUCCCUGGAGAUUUACGCCCGACUCUGCCGGAAUUUUUAGGUAUGACCGAAUGGAAUUGGCUCUCUUCUCACCCCUUGGAAAAAAUGGAAAUUUUGUGUGGAUCGACGAAUGUAUGAAAAAAUUAUUACACUACAAAGAUUUUGAUGAUGCCAACAACGUUUCCGGAUAUCUCAAAUAAAAUUUGUAUCAACCAAACAAACGAAGCAGAGAGCAGACAACUUUGCCUUACUUUAAAAAAAAAAAAAAGAAAACGUGAAAAGAAAAAUUGGAAACGAGUGUUCGACAAGUGAAUUUACAAAAUGAGGAAAGCGUUGAUAAUAAAGGAUUGCGCCCAAGGCACAAAGCGGAUCAAAUAUCCAACAACACACUAAAUUUCCCCCUUUGUGAUCCCUCUCCUCUCCUCCCUCCGUUCCCCUUAAUUCAAACAUUCAGAUUAAUCAAAGCAGCUCAGGUGUGCCUUGCACUUUUCCAGCCCAACGUUUCCAACUUUCGAAGCCUCCUUCAUUACAGCUUCUCAUCUCUCUCUCUCUCCCUCUCUCCAUUUACUAGUUGUCUUUCUCCCGCCCCUCCUCCCUCGUUUUAAUUACUUUAAUGAGUCCGGGAAUUAAUUUCUGAGCGCGAACCAGAAACCCGGGCGCUCGCCUUUAUUUCCGAGGGAUUUGGUCGAUUCGCCACGAUGCGCUCUCUUCGCCCAGAUUUUCUUUUUUCCUUUCCCUCCCCCCACCCUUCCUUCCCGGAUUAAUCGAGAAGGCUGUCGAAAAGCUAUCAGAAAUACAUUCGAAAAGAAUUGUUCGUUUCCAACAUUUUUAUAUUCGAUUCUUCGGAAGAGGAGAAAAUAGGAUAAAUAUGGUAUCGAAUCUAUGAUAUUUUCGAUUAUUUAGAGAAAGAAGGAGAUGGAUUAAUAAAUUCUUUCAAGAGAAUAGGAUAUUUUCGACCACUUGGAGGGGAUUAAUUGAUAAAUUCUUUCGAUCUUACUAAAAAAUCUUAUUUGCAAUAUUAUUUAUCUCCUCCAAUAUUAUAAUUUCGAUCGGAGGAAAUGGAUAAGUGGCGUUUCGCUCAUUUCGAGGGAGAAAGAGGUUGCUUGGAAAAGGUUGUUUUCUCGGUUUAUUUUCAACUCGGUUGCACGCCAAGGCUCUUCUUUUUCCGCUUUCCUCCUGUCUUCUCGCCGCAUUCCGGAAAUACAUGGCGCCCCCCUCGUGGCGUUCCUUCUUUUCCUUCGUAGAGACGCGCGUUUUCGGAAUUUCGUAAACGAAAUUGCGAACGUUACGUUGACCAGAUCUUACCCAUGUUAAUAGUCGGACACGCUGUGAAAAAUUUCACUUUCGCGGCGAAAAUUGGUUCGUGCGAGAAUCGAAAGAAUUUUUCGCGCGGCGAGAAAGUCGAGGAAUUAUUUCGUAUCCGUUUGUUUUCGUUGUAUCGUUUUUGAUUCGUUCUCUUUCGAAGAUAAGAAGAGUAAUUUUACUGUGUUAUUGAAUAGCAGAUUUAUUUUCGUUUAUCUUACGCUCUACGUAACUCGAUGUAUCAAAAUGAAGUAUUGAAAUAUUAUAAAUUUAUAAUUGCGUUCGAAAGAUGUUCGAAAGAGAAAUUAAAAAAAUAACGUUUAUCAGGCUUCUCGAACGGGUACAAGUUCUUUAAGAAUUUUUCCUUAGAUCGAAUAUUCGUAUUUCAUUCCAACUUGUUCUCAAAAUUAUCUUCAAAAAGUUUCAUCGAAUACUUUUUGAUUCGAUUACUUUAUUUAAGGAUUCUAUAAUGUGUAUGUAUAUAUAAUUUUUCAGAAUCUCGACGAUUUUCUCACUGGUAAUACCUUGAUUUCUGCUUAAAAUUCGGAAAAAUAUUCGGAACGGAUCGGAUAUUUCCCGUAUCGAAUCGGGGAUACGGGGAUAGAAUGUUUCAUCGAGGAAACGUGUCGCGUACGGUAAGGGUUUAAGCGACGAUCUUUGAAACGAGAACGUGACGGAAAGGGUGGUCGAACGGGGUCGAAAGGAGGGUGAAAAGCGGCGUUGCGGUGAUAAGGAAAAGGAAGCGAGGCGUUUCCAAGAAGUGGCCAAGUCGAACGUAAACUGGAAACUGAACGAUACGUAAGACCAUAAGAAUCUCCAGAAAAAGAAAAGAAAAGAAAAGGAAAGAGGAGUCAAAGGAAGGGUCAAAGCCUCGAGGAUAAUUUAAAAAAUAAGAGAAAGAGGAAAGAAGUGGAAGAAAAUUCCUCGCAAAAUAAGAAGGAGGAAGAUUAGAAAAUGUUCUUCGAAAUAAGAAUAAAGAAGUAAAAGGAAAAAAAAAGGAGAAUAAGAAUAAAAAGAGGGAGGAAGAAUAAGGAGAAAGAGAUAGAGAAGGGACGAGUUUCAUGCGGUGGCUUCUCGUGUAUUUUUCUGGGACGAGGAGACCAAUGAUAAGAUAUUGAGGUUCCACGAGUGGCUUCCGGUGCUGGCUCAUCUGUGACGGAAUACCAGGGUGCAGAGAUUCACCGGUGAAAGGGAGACACGAGCCAAAAGGGAGGAUGAAGAGAUUCAGCCUCGUGCAAGCCACUUUUGUCGAAUGGAAAAGCUAACUGGAGACGUGGUAAAGAUGUAAGAACGAUGGAAGAUCCCGAGGAGUAAGAUUAUCGCUGAAGCAAACUCCAACCUCCUGAAAUUAUUGUUUCCCGAUCUUAAGUUGAAACGAUGACAUUUUAAGAAAUAUUUGGAAUUACAAGGAAUAUAUCCAAAGUAUUACUACACUUUCCACUUGAAACGCUGAAUCAUUUCACGUAUCAUAGGCCAUCGAAAUGAAACUCUGUCCAAUAAAUUGAACUAAAGGUACUGUCCAUGCGUAUUACGAAGCUUAAUAAAAUUAGAGAAUUCCUUACGGAGCCAUUCCUUUCGGAACAGCACAAUAAUUGUGAGGGAGUCAUCUUUGGUUGAAAUAUUUUAUGCAACAUUGAUGGCGUUCAGACAGCUGGCCAUCAUGGACGUUGAGGCAGCGCUGCUGGAGAACUCUCCAACACUGUCGACCAUCUCGUCGGAUUGCACCGACACCACGUAUUCGGGCCCCGGCUCGCCCUAUUCCCCGGAAUCGCCCAUCAUCGUCACCUCGUCCUCGUACAAGAAAACAAAGGAUGACGAGGUCACGCCUAGGCCGACACCCAGGCAUCCACUACCGCCCAGGAAGCCCAACUUCCGGAUACGACCGCCCUAUCUCAUGAUUUGCAUCAGCAUCAUAGAGAUAGCCGUACACUGUCUGGGAGACGAAGCGACGCUGCGCAGGUGGUUGGUCUACGACCCCCGUCAGAGGGUGCAAGGAUGGAGGUUCGCCUCGUACAUGCUGCUGCACUCGAACGCGCUUCACCUUGCGUUGAACGUGGUCAUCCAGCUGGUGUUGGCCACCCCUCUCGAGGUGGAACAGGGUCGAAUAGGAGUGGCAACCAUCUAUUUAGGAGGUGGCGUUUGCGGUGCACUUGGGGCAUCCCUUCUUCAGCCAAGCCUUUUCUUGGUUGGUGCCUCGGCAGGUGUAUAUGCCUUACUUACCAGCCAUCUUGCACACCUUUAUUUGUGUCAUGGAGAGCUCCGUUAUGCCGGCUGGCGGCUAGGCGCGGUACUACUCUUAGCCAGCGCGGACGUUGCUUCACUGCCAAUCCCAGCCCUUCUAGGUUGCGGUCGAGUCGGUUGGGCCGCGCACGUAGCCGGUGCACUGGCAGGACCUCUUCUGGGGCUGGCUGUGUUCCCAAACCAGAGCAAAAAGGACGCAAGGGGACGAAGAUUCGUCAGAUUCGUUCGCCUCUUAUCCGCCAUCAGCGUGAUGCUCCUCGUCGUAGGCGCCAUCUUGGGCAACAUCUACCUGAUCGCCCUUCCACAACUGAGGAAACCAUCCUGACAGAGGAUCGAGCUGCUCGUCAAGCUCUGCAGACGAUCCUUCCUUAUCGUCAAGAUCAGGGAAGCCGCCGAGAGCGUUUUCGAGUAGGUCCUCGUCAAUCUUAUCUCUUUGGAAUGGGAAUAUUUGCCACGUUUGCUUGGACCCAGGGAGAAAAUUGGAAUCGUGUGAAAAUUGUAGGAAGAAAGAUUCGACGAUGAAAUCCGAGAUAUGAAUCUUUGAAUCUUGGAAAUAUUGUGGAUUAUUAAUAAAUAAGGAAAUUUUUUACGAGGUGUGAAUCGGUUAGAAGAGACAUGGUGCUGAUGGUUUGGAAGAAUGAUUGAGAAGAAAUGAUUUUGGAAUUGAACGGAGUAAGGAAUUAAUUUAAUAUAAAUUGAACUUGGAAGAAUAAAAGAUAUCGAAAAGAGUUGUAUAACACUUGAACUUUGAGAAUAAACGAACAAACGAUGUGCAUUUAACUAUAAAAAGGAAAGACAUUCUGAAAAAUUAGAAGAGACACGAGGAAAAGAUAGUGUCCCUGAAAAAUCCAUUGAUUUUCACUGCUUACAAAAAAAACUGCCACAAGAGAACCAUCCAUCAACCAAACAAUUUCUCCCUCUCGAAAGAAGAUAGUAAUAAAAAUGGAAAAAACAAGAUCAAUCGAUCAACCAGAAAAAAAAAGAGAAAGGAGAAGAGACACGAGAGGAACCUAAGCGAUUCUUACCGAAAAAAAAAAAA